AAUUCAUUUGGCGGUUCAAUUCCAGAAUCAAUUGGGAGCUUAUCCUCUUUACAGGAAUUGUACCUCUCGCAGAAUCAAAUGGGUGGGAUCAUCCCAGACAGCCUUGGACAACUCUCAUCACUGGUCGUGCUAGAGCUCAAUGAGAACUCAUGGGAAGGUGUCAUAACAGAAGCUCAUUUUGCCAACCUCUCAAGCUUAAAGCAGUUGUCUAUUACUAAAAGUUCUCCAAAUGUUUCUUUGGUUUUCAACAUCUCCUCUGACUGGGCUCCUCCUUUCAAACUCACAUACAUCAACCUUAGAUCUUGCCAAUUGGGUCCCAAAUUUCCUACCUGGCUCAGAACUCAAAAUGAGUUGACCACCGUAGUGCUGAAUAAUGCUGGAAUUUCAGGUACUAUACCAGAUUGGUUAUGGAAAUUAGAUUUGCAGCUCAGUGAACUAGACAUUGCUUAUAAUCAAUUAAGUGGCAGAGUUCCAAACUCAUUAGUGUUCAGCUACCUAGCCAAUGUUGAUUUGAGUUCAAACCUCUUCGAUGGUCCUCUCCCACUCUGGUCGUCUAAUGUAAGUACACUGUAUCUGAGGGGAAAUCUAUUUUCUGGACCAAUUCCUCAGAACAUCGGUCAAGUAAUGCCCAUUUUGACAGAUUUAGAUAUCUCUUGGAACUCUCUAAAUGGCAGCAUUCCCUUGUCUAUGGGUGAUCUACAGGCUUUGAUCACCUUGGUUAUCUCCAAUAAUAAUUUAUCUGGAGAAAUUCCUCAGUUCUAGAACAAGAUGCCUUCCCUGUAUAUUGUAGAUAUGUCAAACAACAGCCUCUCAGGUACAAUACCAAGAUCACUGGGUUCCCUCACUGCACUCAGAUUCUUGGUGCUAUCCAACAACAAUCUCUCUGGUGAACUUCCUUCCCAGCUGCAAAACUGCAGUGCCUUGGAAAGCCUUGAUCUUGGUGAUAACAAAUUUUCUGGAAACAUUCCAGCCUGGAUAGGAGAAAGCAUGCCAUCCCUGUUGAUCUUAGCCUUGCGGUCCAACUUCUUCAGCGGUAAUAUUCCUUCAGAAAUCUGUGCCCUUUCCGCUCUUCACAUACUGGACCUCUCACACAACCAUGUGUCAGGAUUCAUUCCUCCCUGUUUUGGGAACUUGAGUGGCUUCAAAUCUGAACUUUCCGAUGAUGAUCUAGAACGGUAUGAGGGACGCUUGAAACUCAUUGCAAAAGGAAGAGCACUGGAAUACUAUAGCACUCUCUACCUUGUGAAUAGUCUGGAUCUGUCCAAUAAUAGCUUAUCAGGAGAGAUUCCAAUAGAACUAACAAGCCUUCUGAAACUGGGAACCUUGAAUUUGUCCAGCAAUAAUUUGGGGGGAAAUAUACUAGAAAAGAUUGAAAACUUGCAGUGGUUGGAGACUCUCGACCUAUCAAGAAACAAACUUUCUGGUCCAAUUCCAAUGAGCAUGGCUUCCAUAACCUUUUUGGUUCACCUGAAUCUGGCACACAAUAACUUGUCAGGGAAAAUCCCAACAGGCAACCAGUUUCAAACCUUGAUUGAUCCGUCUAUUUACCAGGGCAACCUCGCACUUUGUGGAUUUCCUCUAACGACAGAGUGCCAUGACAACAAUGGAACAAUUCCAACUGGGAAAGGAGAAGACAAUGAUGAUGAAGAUGGAGAUGACUCUGAAUUGCCAUGGUUCUUUGUUAGCAUGGGACUAGGAUUCAUCAUAGGAUUCUGGGGAGUUUGUGGCACUUUGAUAAUCAAGACGUCAUGGCGGUAUGCUUUUUUUCGUUUUGUCGAGAAAAUGAAAGAUAGGCUCCUUCUGGCUGUGGCACUGAAUGUUGCCCGUCUGACAAGAAAGGUGUAGGUGUUUGAAAAAAACUGUGGCAGCUGAAGAAAAUCUGGGAACAUGCUUUAAGAUGAAAAGAUACUUGUUGAAAACAUCAGUUCUCAUCAAUUGUAAACCUGCCAUUUACACAAACAAAUUUAUGUUUGGGAAUUAUUUCUUAUGAUCUUGAUUGCUUUUAAAUAUUGUGUUAGUAGCACGAA